AUGAGCGAAACUUCGCGUGCGAAGAAGAAAGCUGUCGACCCGUCCAAACUGAAUCGAUACAUCGAUAGCCCAUCGUCGUUCAACACAGACGGACAAUGCCGCCCGGCGACUCAUCUAGGCACCGUGCAUCGCUCGUGGAAUGGCGAGAACUGCGACAGCACGGCUUUCUCAAGGCAACCCGACAAGCCAUGGAUGGAUGACGAGUCUCACUUGUUGCAGUGUAGGCUAAACAGUCGGGGAAAAGUUGUGAUGCUGGAAAACGACAACAUCCACACGACGGUGCUGGGAACAACGCCGCAAUUCAACUCAUAUGCACGCAUCAGGAGCCUCGAGUCCGAUAUCAUGGACAAGGCAGGGCCAGCCCAACCCGGCAUGCACAUGAUGUUGCUGUCGCACGAAGCCGUGGCAAACAACACGAUGGUGGCGGCCGCCAGAGUUGGUUACGCUCGGGUGGCAUCGGCAGGGCUUCAAGAAGGCAUUAUGACGCCAGCGCAGCGGCGGGAAAGGCUCAAGCUGGAGACAGCGUCGCAGCAAGCCAACGCCCUCAAGAAGAAAGGCGAGAUGAAAGAACGUCGGUUGAUGCAGCUCAUGCAACAUCAGUAUCCGUGCGGCGUCCUCGGACUGGACGGGCCACACAACGCAGAUUCUACAACGUAUGCUGCGGCGGCCAAGAGGAUCGAAACCAAGCAAAGUCACGACCAACGCCAACACCGUAUGCGCGAAGACAACUUGCAACGACAUACGUCGAUCAUUCCUGCGCUGGGUUACUCGUACUUAGAACACGACAUGGCGAUCAAACCUCCAAAAGUCACCAAGGUGUGCCAAGAAAAGAUGAAGGUGCUGGGGGCCCACCCCGAUACUCAUCAUCGCAUUUUCAACGAAACACCCCCUGUGUGGCAUCCCGAACGGGCACAGCAUCUGCGCGAUGAAGGACAGGCCGGACGGCCCAUCAUCCGCGCCAAGCUCAUCCAUCGAUAG